AUGUAAGCUAACUUGGCUCACUUUUUUUUAGUUCUAAAAUAAUAAGAUUGUGUUCAAUAUUAAGAUAUAAAUGGUACUUAAUAUGAAGGAUAGAUAAGACUCAUAUAACCAAAUGAUCAAAAAUUUGUUUUUACCUAUACUCGUAAUUUGGCAACUAAUGAAUAAAAUGAUAAUAAACAAAUACAAUUCAAAGAUUUGACUUAUCUAAAAGUUCAAAAUCAAAUCUAAUAAUCAUAAAUAGUAGAAAAAUCUAAAUCUGAAAAAAAAACAAAAACAUUUGUUAGAUGGGAAUAAAAUGUGGAUGCUUCAAAUUUAGAAGAUUAAGCAAUGAAAAACUUUGACCAAUUUGAAGCUAUUAAAAAAUUUGGAAUUGAUGCUACAUAUGAUGAAAAUAAAUAUACAACUAAAUUAGUAGCACCUGUAACUGAAGAUUUAAGACAAUAUGCAGAAAAAUGUGAAAAAGAAUUGAAAAAUGAUACAAGUAAUAAACAUGUUUUAGAAGAGAGAAAUCUUAAAUAAUUAGAAGAUGAAGAAUAAGCAUAUUCAGAAGUUAUUAGAGAAUAACCAUAAUAAACGAAUUAAGUUUAAUAAACUACUUAAGUUAUUUCUUCUCCAAUUAAAUUUUUCAAUUCAAAUAAAAAAAAAGAAAAAAAUGCAAAAAUAUAAUAUAUAGAAAAAUUAUUAGAACCAAUAUGUCUAAUUGCAGAUGAACCUGAACAAUAACUUAAAAUAAAACAAUUAAAUUAAGAAAUAACUACAAAGUAUUAUGUUUAUAUUAUUAAAUUAAUAGAUUCAAGUUUCAAUAAACUACCACAAAUAAUAUACCUAAAUUAAUGCUUUCUAAUUUCAUUAAUGCAAUUGAAGGAUAUAAAUGGUAAAACAUGAACCCAGAUCCAAGUAAAAAUAAAAAAGAGAAACUCAAAAAGUGA